CUCAGCUUCACCAGCUGCAUUUUAAUGUGAAGGGGGAGUUUCCAUCCAGGGGCCCUGCUGAAAGUCUUCAGAGAAAACAAAGUGUCAGAGUCGUACAGAUGAAUCUGAAGACCGUCGGCUUCUCUGAUAGAUCAGCAUGGCUGCCGUGGAUGUAGACACAUACCCUACUGAGGAAAAGAGGACGCUGACUCUCGGCGGCCAUGUUGGAUUUGACAGCCUCCCGGAUCAGCUGGUUAGCAAAUCGGUAUCUCAAGGGUUCUGCUUCAACAUCCUCUGUGUGGGUGAAACCGGGAUUGGAAAAUCGACAUUAAUGAACACACUGUUUAACACGAUCUUUGAAAAUGAGGAGGCCAGUCACUAUGAGAGCGGUGUGUAUUUAUGCCCCAGGACGUAUGAGCUCCAGGAGAGCAACGUGGAGCUGAAGCUGACGAUCGUAAACACCGUGGGGUUUGGUGACCAGGUCAAUAAAGAAGAGAGCUAUAAACCCAUCACAGACUACAUUGAUGCCCAGUUUGAGAAUUUCCUCCAAGAGGAGCUGAAGAUCAAGCGUUCGCUCUUUAACUAUCACGACACGAGGAUCCACGCCUGCCUGUACUUCAUCUCCCCGACAGGCCACUCUCUCAGAUCCCUUGAUCUGGUUACUAUGAAGAUGCUGGACAGUAAGGUAAACAUCAUUCCCAUUAUCGCUAAAGCAGACACAAUCUCCAAGUCUGAGCUUCAUAAAUUCAAGAUUAAGAUCAUGAGCGAGCUCGUGAGCAACGGCGUCCAGAUUUAUCAAUUCCCCACAGACGAUGAAGCCAUAGCGGAAAUCAACUCCUCCAUGAACGCUCAUCUGCCGUUUGCUGUGGUGGGAAGUGGAGAGGAGGUUAAAGUGGGAAAUAAGCUGGUGAGAGCCAGGCAGUACCCAUGGGGAGUGGUGCAGGUGGAGAAUGAAAGCCACUGUGAUUUUGUAAAGCUGAGAGAGAUGCUGAUCCGGGUGAACAUGGAGGACCUGCGAGAGCAGACACACACACGUCACUAUGAACUCUACCGCCGCUGCAAGCUGGAGGAAAUGGGCUUCAAAGACCCCGACACUGACAUGCAGCCAUUCAGCCUGCAGGAAACGUACGUGGCUAAGAGGAGAGAAUUUGUUGCAGAGCUGCAGCGCAUGGAGGAGGACAUGAGGCAGAUGUUUGUGGUUAAAGUAAAGGAGACAGAGGCGGAGCUAAAGGAGAGAGAGCGAGAGCUGCAUGAACGUUUCGAGCGAGUCAAACGUAUGCACCAAGAGGAGAAGAAGACUUUGGAGGAGAAGCGCAGAGAGCUAGAGGAGGAGAUGAACGCCUUUAACAGGAGGAAGAUGGCGGCUGAAACACUGCAGGCUCUCUCACUCCAGACCUCCAAAGACAAGAAAAGCUGAUUCACAUUUUCAUCAGGACAACAACAUGGAGCUACACCUGUCCUCCUGUCCUCCUGUCCUCCAUCUGCUCACCUCUUUCUUUCUUUCUUUCUUUCUUUCUUUCUUUCUUUCUUUCUUUCUUUCUUCCUUUCUUUAUUUCCUUCCUCAUUACUCACAUUGCACAUUACACUUUUCCAGACUUUCUGAUACACAGCCUUAAAUAUGUUGCUUAAAUGAAUCCAUCAGUCAUAACUGUAUAUAGUCCAUUAUUAAUAUUGAGGUCUGAUACUCAUUGAUCAGAAUAUGUUUUUUUUUUAAUGUUAAUAAGCUUGUAUAGAGUAAAGCGUGUUUUAUAAUUUUUUUUUUUUUAUAAACAAGUGAUAUUUUACUCACACACGUCAUGUGUUCUUUUCUCAAAUACAGGUUUGUUCUGUCAAUUUUUUUUAAAUUUUUUAAUGGAAAUAUUAACUUAAAAAAAUUUAGACUUUUAUUUGUUUGUUUAUAAAUUGCAAAGAAAAUUGUGUUAACAUUUCUAAUGCACAAAUAUGGCAGAUAAUAUUUAUAAAAAGAUAUUUCAAGUGUGUAUUAAUAUUUUACUUGGUUAUUUUAAUCGUUAAUGAAAUCCUGUGCACAGAUACUGUAAGCAUUCGUCGGUUUGCAGGGUGUAUAACAUUUGUAUAACGUGUGCUGGACUUUUUUUUGUGUUUUAUUUUUGCACAUACAGAUAAUUAAGAUAAAAAAAUUUCUAAACAGAGAAAUGCUUGCUUAAAUUAGGAAGGUCUAAAUUAAAUUAGCAAGAGUUUAAUAAAUAAUAUUUUUCAUAUUAUUAAUAUAUUAUAUUUCAUAUUAUUAAUAUUUUAAUAUUAUCAUAUAUUAUUAAUAAAUGUGUAUUUUUAAUGACCAGACUAUUAAAUAGAAAAUAGCGGAGAGUGGGAUCAGUUGUAGCACUAUAAACCUGCAAGUUUUAAGCCAUGUCCACACGUAGCUAGGUAUUUUUAAAAACGGAGAUUUUUCUACUUUUUUAAUUCUGUCCUAUGUGUUAAAAAAUAUCUUUGUCCACAUGAAAACACAAAACGCCCUGUUAAGUGCUGUCAGGAGCAUGCCUGAUCAACAGUGUAACAGUGUAAAGUGUCUAAGUGUAAAGCCAUGCUGGCCAAUCAGAAGCGACAACAGCGAUGCCCUUGACAUGCGAAAAUUUUCUCGCCAUUCCUCUGCAAUGACUAUUUGAUUUUUCCAAAGUUUUCCCACCAUGUAGAAAUCCGACCGGGUCUCGUCCAAAACCGCCGUCGCUGUCUGCGUGGUCUGUGUUGUCAGAGUAUUGUAUGUAGCAGCGGUGAUUACAUUCGUAUUACAUCGCGGCACCUCUGUUCGCUAACGUAAUGAGUAACUGUGUGUAUGUGCACGCAUGUAAAAAGUCCAGUAAGCAACGUUUACACAGUCAACAGUUUACGUAAGUCUGCCGUUGCACAAAAUAUCUUCAUAAGCAAAGCUGACGUUAAAUCCAGGACAGACGAUGACGUCAAUUCAUCGUCGUUUCCCCCUGUCCACACGACACCACUGACAACGGAGUUUCGGAAAAUCUUCACUUUCCAAAAGCUUCAUUUUCAGCGACCUUAAACUGCAUGUGGAUGAAACGCCAAAACAUCUGGCUACGUGCGGACAUUUUCCCUUUAAAAAUGCCAUUUUGGACUUCCAUCCACACUGAGACUACAUUUUUAGUCAAGAAAAACAUACAUCUAUUUACGGGGAUGUAAACGGUUUCAGUCGUUUCAGUGUGGAUGACCAAGUUUUGGGAAACGAUUGAGAACGAUAAUGUGGAUGCGGAGAGUUUUUAGACGAAAACGCCGUUUUCAAAUUUAUCUGGAUCAGUGUAGAUGUAGCCUUAGUGGGGUAACUUAAUCCCAAUUCAGAGGAUUUAUUAUCAAAUGAUUUUUUUGGUGUAUGAAAUGAGGGCUUAGUGGUUAGCACUGUUGCCUCACAGCAAGAAGGUCCUGGGUUCGAACAGGCAGGGGCUGUUCGGUGUGGAGUUUGCAUGUUCUCCCCAUGCCUGUGUGGGUUUACUCCAGGUACUCCGGUUUCCUCCCACAACCCAAAAAAGGUUGAUUGGUAAUUCUAAAUUGCCCAUAGGAGUGAGUGUGUGUGGUUGUCUGUCUAUAUGGGGCCCUGUGAUGGACUGGUAACCUGUCCAGGGUGUACCCCUGCCUUUGGCCCAGUGUGUGCUGGGAUAGACUCCAGCAGACCCCCAUGAACAUAAUUAGGAAUAAAGCGGGUAUAGACGAUGGAUAAAUGGAUGACAUGAAUUUUCCUUAUCUAUUUUGGUUUAUAUAAUCGUUUUAGGUUGCAAAUGAAACCAGCUUUAAAUCACAAUUAACCUGACCAUUUACAUGAUCGACGGUUGACAAUGCUAAUCUGAUUUAUUAGCAUAUAUGAAUUAUCAGAUGGUUGACUUUUUAUUUCACUUUGUUCUUCCUUUAUCAUUUUUAGUUUUGGUUUUUUUUUCUUCUUUUUCCUGUGAGCACUUUUCAGCACAUGUCUGUUUGAAAUAAUAAAUAAAACUGAACAAACUUUUACCCUGCUGACAUCUUCUUACUUCACGUUUGUGUGAUCGUGUUCACGUUUAGAGUAAGUUACAAAACUGUAAGUUGUAAAUAUUGGAGCUUUAGUAUAUUUUAGUCAGAUUUACCAAAUCACGGUGGCUUAGCACUGCUACCGCACAGCAAGAAAGUCUUGGGUUCGAAUCCCGGGAUCGAACAGGCAGGGGCCUUUCUGUGUGGAGUUUGCAUGUUCUCCGUGUGCCAGCGUGGGUUUACUACGGGUACUCCGGUUUCCUCUCACAGUCCAAAAACAUGUACAUUAGGUUGAUUGGUAAUUCUAAAUCGCCCAUAGGAGUGAGUAUGUGUGGUUGUCUGUCUAUAUGUGGCCCUGUGAUGGACUGGUGACCUGUCCAGGGUGUACCCCUGCCUUUCGCCCCAAUGAGUGCAGGGAUAGACUCCGGCAGAUCCCCGUGACCCCAAUUAGGAAUAAAGCGGGUAUAGAAAAUGGAUGGAUGUCAGAUGUGACAACUGACCCCUCUCUCCUCUACACAGUGUGAGUGGACUGAAUAGGGCAGUGUGUGGAGUGAUUAUGUGCAUAUUUCACAUUAUUUACAGGACAUAGAAAUCUUGGCAUACUAAAACUCUUACAAUAAGUGAAUAUUAGGUGAAUAAUGUCUGUUAAACAUACAGAGUUGAAGCAGGAUUAUAUUACCGUGGUAUUUUCUAGAACACACCAUGGUAACGGCGAUCAGUUUACACUGAUCUGAAAUCAGUUCAGCUGACGCUUAAGCACUAAAAAGGCAUCGCUUGCUGUGAAUGGGCGCGGCUUGUGAGUCCACAACGUGACACACCAAUCAAAAUGCAGCAUGAAAGGACGCCCCUCCUUACACCAACCAAUGAAAUAUGCUCUUAUGUUCGCGACGGCAUGGACUGUGGACUAUAAAAGGCCGACGCUGCGUUCGUUCGGCCGCCUGACGCCAAGGGUCAGGGGGGUGUGCCGGGCAGCAGAUUAAAUCACUUGCUUUAAACAUAAACUUAAAAUUUUCCAUUUCCUUUCUUUAACUUAAGCUUUUAUUUCAUUUUUUUUACUUAUUAAAAUUGUUUCUCGCGCUUUUAGCUAAAACAACCUACAUACAAGAACA